AUGCCACCUCUAACUCGAAAUUUCUGGAACCAACCUUGGGCCAGCUACAACACGGCAUUGAAGGAGUGCAAUCACUGUCAACUAACAUUUACACUCUACAACUGCGGCUGUGUCAGAAUGACUCUCCCACAUUUCGGCAAUGAUCCCCUCAGCAAAUCAUGCCAAAUUCAUCCUCCUUCCGACUAUUCCUCCAAACCCAAACCGACCACAAGACCCAAGAUUUUCUACAAGCGAAAAAAUUCCGGUUGUGGAAGAGUCAAUGAAAAGGAUUGCAAAUGGAAUGCGAAAAGAGAAGAACAAUGUUCAUAUGAUCCCAAAACCCGUCGAGAUUGCGAAAGCUAUGUUGAUAUCUACAUAAAAUGUACCCAUGUAGAAAUAGGCAUUGUGCGAAAGUGUCAAAGUGAAGAGCAUCGUCGUAAUCGUGGAGAACCGCUGAAACAUAUGCCACAAAUUGUUGGCGGUAUUGUGGACAAAUUCUGCAGUCAAGAAUGUGCAGAUAAACAAGCAGUUCUUGAUGAGGAACAACGAAUUUUGGAAGAGAAAGCCUGUAGAAGAAGUGAGAACGAGGCUCAGGCAAGGAAUGAAGAGGAAAGAUAUUCUAGGUUUGACAUGCAAUACAAACAAAACCGAGGUACCCAAAGACCUCGCAGCGAUAGGCCAACUGAUGAUAGUGCUUCGACGUCGUCGACUUCCUCGGGAUCGUCAAGUUAUCAGUAUUACCGGUAUACUGAUGCUCAGCUUGAGGAAAUCGCGCGGCAUACCACUCGGAAAUACAGACAUUAG